UCCUGUGUGUUUGUGAGGUGUGUGAAGUGCAGCUGCUGAACCACUGAACGAGACCUGCGCACACCUCACACACAGUCCCAGGACUUUCCCACACUUUUAUUUCAUUUUUUCUGUAUUUUUUCAUAUGCCCUCAGGACUGUUAAAGGGUACUGUAACCCAAGACCAUCAGGACAAGUUGAUCAUAUAAACAUUUACUUCCUAAACACAUAACUCUAGGAAGAGGGUUGGAGAGCAUGAGUUAAGAUGAAAAUGAAGCUGCUGUUAUUAUCAGCUCUACUUGGAUUUGUCUUUUAUGUUGGAGCGAAAACAGACAGUAAUCCAUGCAUUUCUGCAAAUGCCAAAACCUGUGGAGAGUGUAUUCAGAUCGGCCCACAGUGUGUGUGGUGCAAAGAUCCUGAUUUCAAACCUUCACGCUGUGAUGACAUUGAGUCCAUGGCGAAAGCUGGCUGCACUGCAGACGGUGUAGAAAACCCUAGAGGAGCGGUCACUAUUGACAAGAACAAACCCGUCACAAACCGUAAAACUGAUGGAGGACAGAAUCUGAGGCCCGAUGAAAUCACACAGAUUCAGCCACAGAAAGUCACGCUGAACCUUCGCUCAGGAGAAGCACAGAAGUUUACUCUCAAGUUUAAGAGGGCAGAGGAUUAUCCUAUCGAUCUGUACUUCCUGAUGGACCUCAGUCACUCUAUGGUGAGCAAUCUGGAAAAUGUUAAAAAGCUGGGAACCGAACUCGCCAAUGAGAUGAAGGACAUCACGAAAGACCUGCAUAUAGGUUUUGGUUCAUUCUUGGAGAAGCUGGUUAUGCCUUACAUUCUGAUGACGCCAAAGUAUCUGAAAAACCCCUGUUUUCCAAGCGACUGCACUGCGCCCUUCAGCUACAAAAACGUCCUGAGCUUGACAGACAAUCAUGGAUUGUUUACCCAAGAAGUCAGCAAGCAGAAAACCUCUGGAAACCUGGACGCUCCGGAGGCCGGAUUUGAUGCAAUCAUGCAGGCUGCUGUCUGCACGGACGUGAUUGGCUGGAGGAAUGUCACUCGUCUCCUUGUGUUUUCCACGGAUGCUGGAUUUCAUUUGGCUGGAGAUGGAAAGCUUGGUGGCAUCGUUCGUCCUAAUGAUGGGAAAUGCCAUCUUGACAAUAAUAUGUACACCAUGAGCAACUACUUUGACUACCCCACCAUCUCUCAGCUGGUAGACACACUGAGUGGCAACAAUAUUCAGACUAUCUUUGCUGUGACUGAAGAAAUCCGGGAGAUUUAUCAGGAGCUGUCUGCCCUUAUCCCAAAAUCAGCUGUGGGGAUACUGUCUACCAGCUCUUCCAAUGUCAUCAAGCUCAUCAUCGAUGCUUAUAAUUCUCUGUCCUCUGAGGUGAUUCUGGAGAACAGCAAGCUACCUGAUGGUGUGUCCAUCUCUUACGUCUCCCACUGCAAGAACGGAGUGAGUGGAACAGGAGAUAAUGGGAGAAAGUGCUCCAACAUCUCCAUUGGGGACGAGGUGUUGUUUGAUAUAGAAAUCACGGCUAAAGGCUGUCCGUCUAAAGGUAAACCAGAGACCAUAAAGAUCAAGCCGCUGGGGUUCAGCGAGGAGGUGGAGAUCCUCCUCAACUACAUCUGUGAAUGUGAGUGUCACAAAGACGGGAUCAAAAAUAGUCCCAAGUGUAGCGGAGGACAGGGAACGCUGGAGUGUGGAGUCUGCAGGUGUAAUGAAGGUCGAUUAGGCAGAUUAUGUGAGUGUAGCCAUGAUGAGGUGCUGGCGGAUGAUCUGGAUGCAAACUGCCGUAUGAAUAAUGGCACAGAAGUCUGCAGCAACAAUGGAGAAUGUGUCUGUGGAACCUGUGAAUGUAAGAAAAGAGACAACCCAGAGGAGAGAUACAGCGGAGAGUUCUGCGAGUGCGACAACUUCAGCUGCGACCGCUCAAACAACAAGCUCUGUGGAGGUCAUGGCCGAUGCGAAUGUAAGAAGUGUAUCUGUGAUGCUAACUACACCGGCAGUGCUUGUGACUGCCCUCUCGACACCGCAACUUGUCUGGCCAGUACCAAUGAGAUCUGCAAUGGUCGUGGCAAAUGCGAAUGUGGCGUGUGUAAAUGUGAUGAGAAUUAUGAGGGUCCGACUUGUGAAAUCUGCCCAACCUGCCCAAGAAUUUGCACCGAACGCAAGGAUUGUGUGGAGUGCAGACAUUUUGGUACAGGCAGCAAGCAAAAGACAUGUGAGGAGGACUGCAAAUCUUACAGCAUAAAGAAGGUGAAGACUAAGGAGGAUCUUCCUCCGCCUAACAUUAAUCACUGCAAAGAGCGAGAUGUUGAUGACUGCUGGAUCUUUUUUACUUCUUCUAUCGAGAAAGAUGGCAGCAUUCAGGUCUAUGUGGCUGAAAACAGGGAGUGUCCCUCUGGCCCUGACAUCAUCCCCAUUGUAGCAGGUGUGGUUGCAGGAAUCGUACUGAUUGGCUUAGCCCUUCUGCUCAUCUGGAAGCUGCUCAUGGUAAUUCAUGACCGCAGAGAGUUUGACAAAUUUGAGAAAGAGAAAAAUAAUGCCAAGUGGGAUACGGGCGAGAACCCCAUCUACAAGAGCGCUGUAACAACUGUGGUGAAUCCCAGAUAUGAGGGAAAGUGAUGGGUCUUCAGGAUAACUAACGGGAAUUGUUCGCAACAAAUACGAGUAGGGUCUGUCAAAACGAGCGUAACAUGAAGGGGGUGUAGUAGAGGCAUAACUUGAAGUUACAGUAUCAAGACCCACAUGUCAAAACUAUGUUGUCAGGAAAAUGGCACUGAACCCAUCAAAAUUAUUAAUGUCUACACCUUCCCCAACUCUAAACCCAACCGUCACAGUUAUUAACACUUACACCUUUCCCAACUCUAAACACAACCAUCACAGUUAUUAAUGCUUACACCUUCCCCAACCCUAAACCCAAUUGUCACAGAUAUUAACAACUACACCUUCCCCAAUCUUAAACCCAACCGUCACAAUUUUUAACGUCUACUCCUUCCCCAACCAUCACAGUUAUUAACGUCUAGACCUUCCUUAACCCUAAACACAACAAUCACCGUUAUUGACGUCUACACAUGCUCCACUAUGCACGUACAGCUGUAAGUUGCGUAGGCUUUUAUACAUGACAUGCUCAGUAUUGUACUCUUAAUUGCAACCGCAAGGGGCGACGCUGAGUUGGCUAACUUUCAUGACAAAACAAACAAAGAAGUCAGCGAGUGGAGUUGCAAAAUGAAUUAAUAUAAUAAUGUAAUUUGGAGAAAAUGCAUGAAAACAUUUGCUGAAAAUGUUCUCUGGGAAGUAUUUUCAACAUCUUGCCAACAACAUCUUGUUGUGACAUCUUGCAUAGUUCAAUGGGAUCUGGAUAACUGGAAGUUACGCCUCUACUACAAGUUAUGCCCCUGUCAUGUUACACUACUGUCUUGCAGUGCGUAGACAGAUACACUUGACAAAUAGAGCACCACAAACUGUAUUUAAAGGCAUAGUUCACACAAAAAAUUUAAAUUGUCAUCAUUUACCCACUUAUGACCAACUAGUUUUGGGCUACAUUUACAUGACAGUAGCUACGUUUCCAUCCACCUAUUGUUAUGCUCAUUUCAGAUACGCGCAUAAAAAAAUCAGUUGAUGGAAAUGCCAAGAUGCACAUAAAUUUUGAAAAUGCGCAUAAAAAACGCAUGCGCAUAACUGAGUAGGAUAAACUUUUAUUUGAUAAGAAAAGAUGCGCAUAAACUACGAUGGAAACAAUUUUACCGAACAAAUUCCAGUAUGUGCAUUAAAACAGUCAUGUGAUUAUUGUUAUAAGAGAUCAUGUGAUGAUAAAAAUGUGUUUAAAUGGACAAAUCAGCAGGCUUCAAACGCCAUCACGUGUUCAUUGCGUGUCGACAUCGUCUUCUAAGGCGCAAGUCAUUUAUUAAAUAAAGAAAAGAUUCACGCA